AUGUCUUUGGAACGCAAAAUCAUCAACUUCCUCAAGGGCCCGAAAAAAGGCGAGACGUACGAGCUCAAGAGCGGGCUUGUGUCGCAGUACAAGCUUGAGCGCAAAGACGCCAUCCAGCGUGUGAUCCAGGCCAUGACCGUGGGCAAAGACGUUUCGGCGCUUUUCCCCGACGUGUUGAAAAACAUCGCCACGUACGACAUUGAGCAGAAGAAGUUGGUCUACUUGUACUUGAUGAACUACGCCAAGCUGCACCCGGAGUUGUGUAUCUUGGCCGUCAACACGUUUGUCCAGGACACCGAGGACCCCAAUCCGUUGAUCAAGGCGCUUGCCAUCCGGACCAUGGGCUGUAUCCGCGUGGACAAGAUGGUGGACUACAUGGAGAUCCCGUUGCGGCGCACGUUGCACGACGACAACCCGUACGUGCGCAAAACCGCGGCCAUUUGCGUGGCCAAGUUGUUUGACUUGAGUCCCGAAAUGUGCGUCGAGUACGGCUUCUUGGACGACUUGAAGAAGCUUCUUGCGGACCUGAACCCGAUGGUGGUGGCCAACGCGUUGAACGCCUUGUUCGAGAUCCGCGACAUGAACACAGACCCGAACUUGGCCGUGUUGUCCAUCGACAAAGAUCUCACCACCGUGUUGUUGGCGUGUUUGAACGAGUGCACCGAGUGGGGCCGCAUCACCAUCUUGUCCACGUUGUGCGAGUACACGCCGGAGUCUGCCGACGAGGCCUUGCACAUUGUCGAGCGGAGCGUGCCGCAGCUCCAACAUGCCAAUCCGUCGGUGGUUCUUGCCGCGAUCAAAGUGGUGCUUCGGCACACGGAGUACUUGAACCAGGCGCAGAAGACGGCGUUUUUGCGCAAGUUGUCGGCGCCGCUUGUGUCGUUGGCGUCGCUGCCCAUUCCCGAGGCCCAGUACGUCGGGCUCCGCAACAUCCGCAUCAUUUUGGAAAAACACCCGAGUGUCUUGUCGCGCGAGCUCCGCGUGUUCUUCAUCAAGUACUCGGACCCGUUGUACUUGAAGCUCGAGAAGCUCGAGAUUGUCAUCCGCUUGGCGUGCGACGCCAACUCGGCGCUUUUGUUGGGCGAGUUGAAAGAGUACGCCAUGGAAAUCGAGCCCAUGCUCGUUUCGCGCGCCAUCCGGGCCAUUGGCGCCGUAGCCAUCAAGUUGGCGGCCUCGGUGAUCCCUGCGGUCAACAUUUUGAUCUCGCUCAUUGAACAAAGAGGCGGCGACUUGGUUGUGGGCGAGUCUGUCACCGUCUUGUCGCAGAUCUUGCGCCGGUACCCGGGCAAGAACGAUUUGGUGACGUUGGUGGUGCCGGUGAUCUCCAACCACAUCAACGAGCUUGAAGACGCCGCCGCGUUGUCCGCCUAUGUGUUUUUGUUGGGCGAGUACCCAAAGUACUUCACUUCCUUGAAGGACAAGUUGCGCGUGCUCGUGGACGCUUUCCUCGAGCACGAGCCCCAGGUCCAGUUGAACGUGCUUACUGCGGUGGUCAAGGUGAGCUUGGCGUUGCCCGAUUCGGGCGUCUCGCCGCUUUUGCAGUCUGUUUUGGACAAGGCCACCACCGAAUGCGAUAACGCCGAUGUCCGUGACAAGGCGUACAUCUACUGGCGCUUGUUGUCGUCUUCGUCGACGGAUGCCCAGCAAAAGGUGAUCUUGGCCCGUUUGCCGCCGAUCCAGUCGGUCAUUUCGUCUUUCAACCCGGCGGUGUUGAAUGCCUUGAUGAACGAGUUGUCCACGUUGUCGUCUGUGUAUCUCAAGCCAGCCUCCACUUUCAUUGACGCCAGUGUAUCCCAUGCGGGUAGAAAGCCAUCGACAGACAUGAAGCAGUUGACCAACUUGGCCAAACAGGAAAUCAUCAACAAUGCCCGCAACGAAAACUUGCUCAACCUCGAUGAUGACGACGAACCCGAACAGCCAGCAAGCACGUCCAUUUUGGACGACUUGAACGACUUGUUUGCUGUUCCUGCGGCCUCUUCUGGCUCCAAUAAGGCCCAGUCUUCUACAAACGACAUUUUGAGUUUGUUUGGCUCGUCCACCAACGAAAACUCCGUGUCUCUGGGGCUUGAAGGCUUGAAUCUUGGUCUGGAGCAGCCGCAGCAACUGCAGCUGAGCUCCCUGAAACCCAGUGCUGAUCUUUUGGACCUCCUUUAA